UGACGCGUUAUUUUGAAAAGUCAUCCCGGAAGUCGACGGUCUGACAGGUCCGGGUGUUCAGGGUUUGACAGAAGUCCCUUAUUAAACUGGGUUAGUCUGCCGCCUGCUGACUGUCAGGAACCGUCGAUUCACUCCCCACUUGUUGAAUGCAAACGGAGAGGUUAACUUAAAGUGAACUGAACCAACAAACUAAGAAGUUUAGGAGCGAAACACCACCUCCUGUGUCGUUGUUGCGCGUCUCCAUGGCUACUGUUCAGACAUUGACGUCUUUGUUUGCUCUGGAUCUGGGACCACUGAAGGAACCCCUGGGGUUUAUUCGAGUCCUAGAAUGGGUCUUUGCCAUCUUUGCCUUCGCCACCACCGGAGGUUACUCUGCGAAAACACACUUCAAAGUGACAUGCAAGGAGGGUCAGGAGUCAAAUGUCCAUCCGGAGUUCUACUACCCGUUCAGGUUGUCAGCGGUAUCCUACAAGAUACCUUUUUGUAAUGGCAGCGAAUCCCACACCUUCUACCUGCAGGGUGACUUCUCCUCCUCCGCAGAGUUCUUUGUGUGUGUUGGUGUGUUUGCGUUCCUUUAUUGCACCGCCACACUGGUCCUCUACCUGGGAUUCCAGCAUGUGUACCGCAAGACCAGCCGUGGGCCCGUCAUAGACCUGGUGGUGACUGCUGCCUUUGCCUUCCUGUGGUUUGUGUCCUCUGCGGCCUGGGGAAAAGGCCUGACGGAUGUCAAAUGGGCCGUCAACCCGGAUCACCUAGUGGAGCACUGCAAGGAAGUCUGUACCCCGGGAUCGUUUCCCUCCAUGGGCCGCCUCAACGCCUCUGUGAUCUUUGGCUUCUUGAACUUGAUCCUGUGGGGCGGUAACUGCUGGUUUAUUUACAAGGAGACUCCUUUCCACAAGGAUCCAAACCCACCAGCCACCAUGGAGGAAGGAGGAGCCCCCGAGCCUUAGGCACAUCACUGAGGAACCUUAAGCCCAGCUCUGCACCCACAGCAACGCUUUGUGCCCAACAUUGGUCUCUUAUGUUAACCUGCAAAAAUGGAAACAAAUGGAAGUCAGAAAAAAAACCUUCUCCUUCUCCCUAACCUGCAACACUGUCUUUUUUUAUUGUCAUUAACCUCCUCCUGCAACACCAAGCUCAAAUACAAACUACACACGGGCACACUACUAAGAACAGGAAAUACUGCGUGCAUUUGUUUUUAGAACAGCCGGCCUGAAGUGCGUUUGCCUCCACAGCAGCACUGUCCUCCCUUUAUGCCAACCCCUCAGGAAGCCAUUUCGUGAUGAAAUGAUUAUGUUAGUAUCUGAACUGAUUCCCCCAUCAGGAAAGACCAAGCACAAGUCAGAAUCAGAUCACCCUCACAUUCACUGAAAGAAAGCAUUGCAACUUGAGCAACAUCCAGAGGCUGUGGGAGCAGACGUAUGGCCGGGUCCUGCGAGGGCACACUCCUCUUAAAAGGAACCCAGCAGGGUAACGCGUGUUGACCUUAUUGGGUUAACACUGGAGUCUUUUAUAUGUAUGUCAACAAACAAAACCCUCCAAACUUCUGCAGGACAUUUGAAGGAAGCCUUUACUUGUAGGCUGCCAUUGUUGUUUACACUGCAUUGCAUUCUUGAGUUCAUUACAGCAAACGCUCUCGUAUUCUUACGACAGGAAAUUAGAAUAAACUUGUAAUAAAGUAAAAGAAUAGUUUGUAAGUUUAAAAGCAAAAGUAAAAUGCUGAGAUAAAUCUUGUAAUUGAAUGAGAAAGUAAUACUCUUAUGAGAGUUAAGUUGUAGUUUCAUGGAGAUAAGUUGUAAUUACAGGCUUAAGUUGAUCUUUAUGUAAAAUAACAUACAGGAGACUAUUGGGAGUGCAGCCAGCCAACUUCAUUCUUGAAAUCUUGAUGUCUUUCCUCGAUCCCAUGGCCCUAAUAUUUCCUGCUUUGCACUGACGAGCAGUUACUGUACAAACACCAUCACCACUCUCACCCUCAGAUUGUUUCCCCUUUCUGUAACUUCUUCAGUUCUGACCAAUCAGAAUCAAGUAUUUAACACAGCUGGCUUAAGGGAUGGCAAGUAUCUGAUGCUGGGAAAGAGUAUGACCUGACUACUCAGACCCAGCAAUGUAAACAACAAUGGCGGCCUGAUUGUUUGUGUUUUCUAAUUUUCGUCUCUGAAAUCAUCUGUGCUUCAUUUGAAAAAACAUACGUAUAAAAGAAACCAGUGUCCCAGGUUCCUUUUGAAUGGCGCAACCUGUCAGUGUUCGUGCUGUAGCACAAAUAGAAAGUACUGUAACUGUAAACAUGAUUCACACAUCAGCCUGAAAACUGUAAAUUUGUUGAAGAUUCACUCUCUUUUCUGAGACAUCUGAAACCCAAGCUCUUACCUCUCCUCCACUGACACUCACACACUCCUGUUUACCUUCUGGAUCGUGCAGUACCGACACACUUUGACUUGAUGAUGCUUUACUUGCUGGGAAAAACAAUACACACUGUAUGCGGAUGAAUAUCACGUUGGUUGCUGUUUGAGGUUUGAGGUAGUCUUCUUUAUGUGAGCCUGUGUUCAGACUGCAGCAGGCUCUCUCUCUCUCUCUGUAUGUUUACUCCAGUAGGUGUUGUACAUCGUUAUGUUACCUUAACACUACUCCGUAACACUAGUACACAUCCUAGUUUCAGUUAUUUUUGGGACAACUAACUUGCAGGGACUUUUUUAUACACAGUUCAUAUGUAUUUUUAUCAACAUGAAUUGGUCCGUUGCAUAUAUUUUUUAAACCAAUGUUGGGUUUCUGUUUAUAUUUUCAAUUGAAACAUGUCUGUGCAGCUCCUCUUUGAUUUUUUUGUCAGAAUGCUGAUUAUUGUUUGCACCACUGAGAUGCCUUACACUAAAUCCUCUGAUCAGAAAUACGUCAUGUAUCUAAACUCUCCAAAUUUGACUGCCAGAUGGAUGUUAUUCUACUGUAUUAACUGUUGAUGACUCUUAGCAUCGCACUCAGAGGAAACUGAUGAUCUCCUUGCAGUAUCUGAUUUAACAGGUUACCUGUGCAGCUGUUUUAUUUCACCACCAGGCCUCUGUAGGGAGCACGAGGGGCUGUUUGAGGCACUAUCACUAAAGUAAUAUAUUUUUACAUCAUUUAAAAAUUGGACAGGUGCUUUAUCAAUUCUAAAAGAUGAUCCUGUUAAUUAGAGCACAGUGAUUUGUGAGAUGUUGAUGUAAUUAUUAAUUGAAAUUGGACUUUGUGUAUUUUAUUAUGCUUUGUUUGUGCAGAACUGUUUAUCUGUAUUGAUUUGUGUUAAACAUGAGAGCUGCCACUGCUGGA